AUGCAGCCCAGCGGGCCGAGCCAGACGUCAGGCGGCUCUGGGCCGCCGCCGGGCCUGACGCCCCGCCUGUCCAGCGGCAUCUCUUUCAAAGCCGUGGGCGACUGGUUCCAGACGCUGGGCGACGACCUGGGCAGCGUGAUCGGCAUCCCGCGCGGCAAGAGCGUGCGGCGAUCGCCCACGCCCAGCGGGCCCUCCCAGCAUGACGCCGCCAUGGUGCCCCGCCUGCCCAGCACCUCCCUCCUGUCCAAGCAGCAGCAGAUUGUGGUGGGGAUGCUGAUGAAGUACGUCAACCUGGGUGCGGGCUACCGCCACCGCCUGUUUGUACUGCAAGACGGCGUGCUGCGGUAUUACAAGGUGUACGGCCCCACCGCCGUCAACGUGCACCAGCUGCUGGAUGUGCUGCGGCAGCAGGGCGAGCUGUACCCAAUCGGCGCCGAGGUCAGCCUGCUGGAGUCGCGGGAUGAGCGCAUGUCGGAGGGCGGUAGCGGUACCGCCGCCGCCGCCUACGUGCCGCCGUCGCCGCGCAGCGCGCGGGCGCGGGCGCGGCUGCCACCCCCGGCCGCCGAGAUCCACCUUCAGGUGGCAUCGCUGCGGGAGUCCAACGCCGACUACCGCAAGUUCUACGUGCACAGCGGCACCUCCACGCUCACGCUGCGGGCGGAGUCCAAGGAGGACCGAUGGGUGUGGAUGCAGGCGCUGCAGACCUGCAAGGGCUCCUGGGAGGGCAUGACGCCGGCGGAGGCGAGCGCCCUGAAGCGGGAUGCCGGGGCUAGCAUCGUGUCGCAGGACGAGCGCUUCAUGGCGCGUCUGCAGGAGGUGAAGCGCACGCUAGCGGCCAAGGGGGUGUCUCGGGAGGUGUCACAAUACAUGGAGGACCUUCUGGAGCACCAGCAGUACCACGAGGUACUGGUGGCGGAGGAGAACAAGCGCAAGGCGCUGCUGGACAUUGUUUAUGGGCUGGAGAACGAGAAGCGGCAGCUGGAGACGGCGCUGGUGGUGGAGGGCACGCAGGCGGCGGCCAUGAAGCACCGCCUGACCUCGGGCGCCGCCUCUGACAGCGAGGAGCAGCUGACUGAGUAUGAGCGGCAGGAGUCUGGCGUGGUGGGCAGCCCCGGCAACGGCGAGGAGGAGGAGGAGCAGGAGAGCAUGUCGUCAGACGCCGAGGAUAGCACCUGCUGCACAUACGCCGCGGCCGGCCGGCGCUUUUUGCCCUUGUUCCUGCGGGACGCUUGGCUGGACGCUUGGCUGCUCGGCGGGCGGGCAGGCUGA